AGAACCCGGCUAGGCGGCGCCAAGUCCACAUCCGGGAGAGGCGAGGAGAGCGGAAGUGGCGUUGGUCUGGCCGGAGCCCUUGGGUGAAAUUGUUAGGCGUGGAGAGGCAGUGAUGUCUUCCAGACUCGGUGCAGUACCCGCCACGCCGGGACCCACAUCUUUUAAGCAGCAGAGGAGCGCGAGGAGCGUGGGCGCCAAGAAUAGCAGGACCCAGUGCUCCAUAAAGGACAAUAGUUUCCAGUAUACUAUCCCUCACGAUGACUCCUUAAGUGGCUCGUCGUCUGCCUCUUCGUGUGAACCUGUGAGUGAUUUUCCAGCCUCCUUCCGAAAAUCUACCUACUGGAUGAAGAUGAGAAGGAUCAAGCCAGCUGCAGCUCCUCACGUUGAAGGAUCAGGUGCCGCAGCAACCAAAGGAAAAAGGAAACCCAGGCAGGAGGAAGAUGAAGACUAUCGAGAAUUUCCUCAGAAGAAGCAUAAACUUUAUGGGAGGAAGCAACGGCCUAAAACUCAGCCCACUCCCAAAUCCCAGCCUCGUCGUAUUCGGAAGGAACCACCAGUUUAUGCGGCAGGCAGUUUGGAAGAGCAGUGGUACUUGGAAAUUGUGGAUAAAGGCAGCGUCUCCUGUCCUACCUGCCAGGCAGUCGGCAGGAAGACCAUUGAGGGUUUAAAGAAACACAUGGAGAACUGUAAACAGGAAAUGUUUACUUGUCAUCAUUGUGGGAAACAACUGCGGUCACUGGCAGGGAUGAAGUAUCAUGUCAUGGCAAAUCAUAAUAGUUUGCCCAUUUUGAAGGCCGGUGAUGAAAUAGAUGAGCCGAGUGAAAGGGAACGGCUCCGAACAGUUCUCAAGAGACUGGGAAAGCUCAGAUGCAUGCGUGAGAGUUGUUCCAGUAGCUUUACCAGCAUCAUGGGAUAUCUGUACCAUGUUAGAAAAUGUGGCAAAGAGGCUGCAGAGCUGGAGAAGAUGACCCUGAAAUGUCACCACUGUGGAAAACCGUAUAGAUCAAAGGCGGGGCUUGCGUAUCACCUGAGGUCAGAGCAUGGGCCUAUCUCCUUCUUUCCAGAAUCAGGACAGGCAGAGUGCUUAAAGGAGAUGAGCCUGGAGCCAAAGAGUGGGGGCCGAGUUCAGAGACGUUCUGCCAAAAUAGCUGUGUACCACCUACAGGAGUUGGCCUCUGCUGAGCUGGCCAAGGAAUGGCCUAAGAGGAAGGUGCUUCAGGAUCUGGUACCUGAUGAUAGGAAGGUAAAGUUAAAAUACACCCGCCCUGGGCUACCUACCUUCAGCCAGGAGGUCCUGCACAAGUGGAAGUCAGAUAUCAAGAAGUAUCAUCGCAUUCAGUGUCCUAACCAGGGUUGUGAGGCUGUCUACAGUAGUGUAUCUGGCCUUAAAGCUCACCUGGGCUCUUGUACAUUGGGAAACUUUGUGGCCGGAAAAUACAGGUGUCUUCUAUGUCAGAAGGAAUUUGUGUCAGAGAGUGGUGUCAAGUAUCACAUCAACUCUGUCCAUGCCGAGGACUGGUUCGUUGUAAACCCAACAACAACCAAAAGCUUUGAGAAGCUGAUGAAGAUAAAGCAGCGGCAGCAAGAAGAAGAAAAGCGGAGGCAGCAGCACAGUAGCAGAAGGUCCCUGAGGAGGCGACAGCAGCCUGGCGUCGAGCUUCCCGACUCCGAGCUGAGUGCUAGAGUAGGCAAGGAUCAGAGGAGGAGCAAUGAGGACCUGGUAGUGUCAACCUCCUGUAAGGAACCAGAGCAGGAGCCAGUGCCAGCGCAGUUCCAGAAAGUCAAGGUCCCAAAGACUAACCAUAAACGAGGAAGGAAGUAGGCAGUGGGUGUGGAGCGCUCCCAGGAGAGUGAUGGGAUGCUGUUGUCAUGGGGACCUGUGUGGGGAGGACCGAGUCAUGGGGCUGAGGGAAGAUGCUUGCAGCUGUUUGUGUAAGGCUGUUACCUCUCAGCUCCUCCUCCUGUGUAAAUUUCACUGUCUUCCCUACUCAUUCACUUUUCAUUCCCUCCUCCCAUUUUAGUAGGUUUUCCUGCUAUUCCUCGUUGGAGUCCUCUUGUUUUUCUCUUAUCUUGCCCAAAGAACUCCCUCUUAAGGCCAAAGUAUAGGCCUCUCUUGCCCUGUACAAGACUAAGAAACCUGUUUUGUUGUCCUUUCCUUCCUGGGGUAUAGAAUGUUCUUGGAAGAUCCAUUGAUUUAGUAGCCGCUCCGUCAUCUAGCUUAUAAAACAAUUCCAAGCUAAUUUUUAAAAACCAUAACUGAUUUAUCAUUUUGUGUUUGUGAUACAAUAUGCCUAGAAGCUAGAACCGUUGCCACUCAUGUAAUAAGGUCAUCUUGUCUCCUUGGAAAACAGACUUUAUGGAGGUUGUUUGAAUUCAAUAUGGUUUUAGGAUUGAAAGUAAGAAAAUAGAUGUAGGACGAAAAAGCUAGGACUUCUCUACGCUGGUUAAACUGGGCGAUGGAAAGCAGCGUUAGGAGUAACAUGUCCUCAAUUAAAAUGAAAGAAAAAUUAGAAGAAGCAAUAAAUACUGCCCCAACUUUCCUGUUGCUAUGUUCAGUGCCCUCCUGAAACUUGCUUUUGUUCCCUUGGUUUGAAGCAUUGAGAAAUUUAAUAUUGCCCCCAAUGUUUGGGCACAGUGUCCUAGUGCUCCUGAUAAUGCCACCAAGGUUGGAAAUGAAGGUGCGUGUUCCUACCUUCUCCCCUGGACUUGACCUCACUUGCUAGGCUGUACCCCACUAACUCCUCAUCCAUCCGUUAGCCAACUUCUGUGUCCGAAUUUUUCUGAGAGUAUUACCCUUCUGUCCUCUUUUAUAUGUGGAGUUCUCUCCUCUUUAUGUCCUGAGACUGACACCGGAUGACACUGGAGCGGGAAGUCAUUCUGUCUGUACCGCAGGCCUCGUCAUGUUCAGUGGGCUGUUUCCGCUUGAGGGUGGCUUUCUCUGGAGCAUUGGUUAGAGCAGCUUUGUUGUCGUGUUUCUGGAUUCUCUUCCCCUUUUACGUAAAUAUUCUUGCCUACUUUGUGGCACAUGCCAUAUAAAAAAUUAACCCUGAUACUGACGAGUACAACCUUUCCAAAUUCUGAAAGGCUAGUACCACUCUUUGGCUCUCUGUUCUCUGUGCUCCUCCAAAUAGCUUUAAAAUGUGGGCUUUUGUGAAGACCACUUGCAAACAAGGGAGCAUCCAAACCCGCAUUUGAUACCGCCAGCAUAGGGAACUUGGAAACAAGUGAAGGGAAUGGUGUAUCCACUCCACAUUUUCAUUGGCAGUUGCCCCCGAAAAGCCCUUUCCGCAGAUGAGGGUUGUCAGGGAGGAGAGAUGAAGAAGCUAUGUUAAUUUCUGGUGAGUAAGACGUGGGGAAUGUUUGGCAAUGACAAAAGAAAUAAAGGACUCUUGGUUAGAAUGCUGUUUCCAGUUCUUUGACUUCUUGCCGAAGCUCUAUGGGGGUUGAAGAUGAGCAGAGAUGGGCAGGAGUUCGAACUGAGUUCCACAGACAGUUGUCGCAAUAAUUCUUUCACUCCUGAGAUCUGCUAGUUAAAAUGAACAGGUUGAGAAUCAAAUAAAUUGGUAUAGAAAACUUGCCUAGUCCCAACCAGGAUCUUUUCUAGCACUCCUUUGUUACUUCCUGAGGCCAGAAAUCAGCAGAAUUCAAUAUGGAUAAUCCUAAUCACACUGAGUUAAACUUUUUGAAAAAGUUUUUAAAAAGAAACUCAUUUGAAUAACAUAAACUAAGUUUAUGAGGUAUAUCUAGGUUUUGGAGCAAAGUAAAUUGCUGCAUGGUGUGGAAUGUUAACGGUCACUUUGAAAACAAUUUGGCCAUAUUUACUGAAGUUGAUGGUGCACCCUCUGGGCAGUUUGAGUCUGUGGUACAUACAGAGAAGCUCCCCUUGGCCAGGUACACCAAGACUUGUAAACAAGGAUGAUUGUCGCAGUACAGUUAAUACUCACCGGAAGCUUUGUGAAAGACUGCUAGCCGUCUGCCACAAUCUGCUGCUGCCUUCCGGGGACUCCAGGACAGAUGGCCAGACUGCAUUCCCCAGCUGUGCCCCUGCUCCCCUCCUCUGUAAUAAUGAAGCAGUGAGCUCACGUCCCUUCCCUAGAAUGUGAGUGGGAGUGCUGUGUGUCACUGGCAGGCUAGAGCCUUUAAGGGUGAGUGUGCACCUCCAUGCUUUCAUUUCCCUUUCUCUGGCUAGAUGCAGAGGGAGAUGGGGCCCAACCUACUCUAACACACAGCCUGAUUAUCCAUCGUAAGAAUAGAUGAAUUGGGGACCAGCACUGUGGCGUAGCGGGUAAAGCUGCCGCCUGCAGUACCGGCAUCCAUAUGGUUGCUAGUUUGAGUCCCAGAUGCUCCACUUCCGAUCCAGCUCUCUGCUAUGGCUUGGGAAAGCAGUAGAAAAUGGCCUUGGGCUCCUG